AUGGAAGAACCCCCACCGGCACCUGCGUUGGAGAGCAAGACCCACAAAGUCAUUUUCUGGUCCAGGGUUCGAGAUCUAGGGUUCUUGAGCUUUUAGGCUUUACCUCGGCAUCCUCUGUACCAGGCCCCUACCAAAGUGGUUGAAGGCCACGGUGAUCUGCAUGAUCGCGUCGUCCGGGUACAUGUCGCUUGCCCCAAAGAGCAUCACCUGACAUGCAGCGACCAGCGACGGCGAUGAGCUUCAUGGAGAAGAAAGGAGAAGAAAGGGGGGAGCUUCAGUAUGUACGUGGUCAUGGUGGGUGAAGUGAUUGUUGGAGAUGGUGAUGGCGGUGGAGCCCUGGACGACGUCGAUGAGGCCGUCCAUGCAGUUGGACAUGGAGACGUGAUCGAUCCAGAUGUUGGAGGCGCCAAAGAUGGAGAUGCCGUCGCCGUCGCUGCGGGCGCGGAGGCCGUAGUGCGCGAGGGAGUCCCGUAUCAUGCCGCCGCCGCCGGCCUUAAUGUCGUGGAUGUGCAGGCCGUGGAUGAUAACGUGCUGCACGAACUGCAGCGUGAUUCCCGCGCCGUAGGCGAUGUGCACGUUGGCGCCUCUGCCGUCGAUGGUCUUGUAGCUGGUCACCAGCAGCUCCUCGCUCAGGUGGAUGAUCAUGUCCCUGGCGAAGACGAUCCACAGUGGCUCCGGCUGAAUGGCGGCGUGGCGGAGAGUGCCCGGUCUGGGGUUGACUAGGUCGUUAUCGGAGGGGUCGGUGACGACGUAGUAUCUCCCCGCCAGGCCCCCCUUCGCGUUCCUCCCGAACCCUAGCGCGCACUUGGCCAGCUGCUUCCUCCUUGUUGCCCAGUCGUCCCUGCACCGCCAGCACCGGUCGAUGGGGUUCGUCGCCAGGCACUUCCCAGUGUACCUCCGCAGCUCCCUCCUCGUGCUGUUCCCCACCAGCAACCUUCAUCGCCAAUAACAGUUGUAGACCCACUGAGCUAGCUACAAGCUAGAGAGAGAGAGAGAGAGAGAGAGAGAGAGAGAGAGAGAGACGUACUCGUGGACCUUCUCGUUGGCGUGGGCGGCGACGGCCUCUGGGUCGGGGUUGUAGGCGGCGAGAGCUGCCGCUCGGGCCUCAUCGGCGCGGGCUUUCCACGAGUCGUCCCAGUCAGCGAUGUGGGCGUACGCCGGCGUCGCAGCAACCAGGACGAAGAAGACAAAGAAGAAGAAGAAGGCGAGGAAGAAGGAGAGCAAGGGGCGGGCUCGGACGACGUCCAUGGCUGUCCCCCUCUACAACUCUCCUCUUCUCGGGCCCCUCUGCGGCAGCGGCGGCGAUGGCUGA